AUGCCCGCGCAUGAUGGUCUGCAGAGGCUGUGGCGCUGGGGCGUUCGACCGCAGCGACGCGGUCUACACACAGACGGACGCAACAGAUUGAGCAACUUUUGGACGCCGACACAAAACAAGCCAAAGUCUUCGUCAGCAGAUGACCGGGAAGAUGGGUAUGAUCUGCUUGUGCGUGCUGGUUUCCUUCGCCAGGCCCAUGCCGGCGUCUUUCACCUUCUGCCACUUGGUCUCCGCGUGCAGGACAAUAUCGAACGCUUAAUUGACAAACACAUGCGGAGUGUUGGCGCUUCAAAAGUAUCACUGUCUUCCCUUUCAUCUCAGGCUCUCUGGGAACGAUCUGGUCGACUCGAAGGCAAGGACUCGGAACUCUUCCGACUUGAAGAUCGAAAGGGAAGUCGUUUCCUUCUUUCGCCAACCCACGAAGAAGAGAUUACAUCAAUCGUGAAGCAUGCUGUUCAGUCCUACAAAGACCUCCCUUUGCGACUCUAUCAGGUUAGCAGGAAGUAUCGCGACGAAGCUCGGCCACGACAGGGUCUAUUGAGAGGACGUGAAUUCGUCAUGAAAGACCUKUACACGUUUGAUAUCACCGAACAAAAGGCUAUGGAGACAUAUGCCGAUGUCUCAAAAGCAUACCGAGGUUUCCUCGAUGACGUGAACCUACCAUAUUUGGUGGCAGACGCUGCUUCGGGGAGCAUGGGCGGGUCUCACAGCCACGAGUACCACUUCUCGACGGAUCAGGGCGAAGAUUCCAUCAUCAGCUGCAGAUCGUGCAAAUAUACAGUGAACGAGGAACUGUGGCGUCCGGCAAGUGUAGUUGCUCCUACAGAUGAAACGAACAUUCCAUUUCAGACGUGGGUAGGGCGCACGAUCAGCCCUGUGGAGCACAGCAUUGCGCCUCAGCCGCAAUUUCCAGAAUCAGUCGAGACUGCCCAGGUCAGCGACCGGACCAAGGAGUUGAUAGAAGUAUUCCUCCCGCAAGGAUCGUACGAAAUCAAUAUUCACGCAUUGAAAGAGCUGGUGAAGGACCUAGACACUAGUGGCAAGUCGAUCGCCCACCUUCUGAAAGCGAACUCCGACGAACAAAACGUGUCCAAGACCCACAGACCAAAGAGACUGAUACAUGACCCCCGAAUACCGCGGGCAUCUAUUUUGAAAAGCUAUAAGUCAACAUCGGCGAUGAUUGAGCUUGAAGAUGCGCCAUUCUCCCUCACUAAGCCUCGACCCGAUGAUGCCUGUCCAAGCUGUGGUGCAAAAGAACUCUCGUUUUCACGGGCUGUUGAGAUCGGACAUACUUUCCACCUCGGGACUCGCUACAGCAAACCUUUUGAUGCGACCUUCAAAAGUGAACAAAACACAGAAGUCGAGAUUCAAAUGGGCUGCCAUGGGAUAGGAGUCUCUCGCCUUAUCGGCGCUGUUGCAUCUCUUCUGGCAGAUGAUAAGGGUCUCAAUUGGCCCGCGUCUAUUGCACCUUUUGUUGUGAACAUCAUUGGUGCGGGGAGCACAACGGCACAAGAUCUAGAGGCUGUGUACGACCAAACAUCCCAGACUUUGGACGCCAUCAUUGACGACCGCGAGAGACCUAUGGGCUGGAAGCUAAAUGAUGCUGAUUUGAUUGGGUACCCCUUUAUCGUCAUCUUAGGUAAAGCCUGGAAGCAGCGCCGAGCGGUUGAACUACAGUGUCGUAGGCUCGGUGUGAGGGAAGAGGUUGGCCUGGAGGAUCUUGUCGAGAGGAUGGAGAAGUAUAGCGAGAAGCUCUGA